UAUCCUUUUAAGGCACCUGCCGGUUUUAUCGGAAUGUGAUAGAGAUCCAACACUCCAGCACUUGUUUACGUAUCGCCGCCUGCAACGACUCACAGAGAAAACAUCUUCUGUCGAAUCACCUCGCCUACCUGGGAGAACAAUUUGUAGUUCUGGGGAAAAGUUAUUAAUAGAAAUUGUUCUCUUUCUGUAUCCUUCCCUCCGCCACUUCGACCUUGUACAGCGCUUCUACGGAUGUAGGGAUAUUUUUUAUACAUAUAUUUUGUGUGACAGUGACAUAUUUGGUUCGAUUUAUUUUUUUUGGAAGAUGGCGACUAUGAACAUUCAACUGAGUAAGCAGAGUGUGGGUGACCCCUGGGGAUUCCGGCUGCAGGGGGGACAGGACUUCAGACAGCAGCUCAUGAUCAAGAAGGUUCUGCCUGACAGUCCAUGCAUGGGUCGUCUAUCAGCAGGAGACGCUGUGGUUGGGAUUAAUAACUACAACGCUAAACAACUGACGCAUGCGCAGGCACAAAACCUUAUUAGACAAAGCGGAAAUAACCUACAACUAACAGUCAUAAGGAACCAGAGUGGACUCGACAGAAUAGAAUCCCUAAAGCCCAAAGGACCUGUCAAAUUUUCUCCUUGGAGGCAACAGUAGAGGUGCGUUGUCGUGCACCUGUCGACAGGUGUGCAUGUGUUAAAUGUGUACUGUGUACAUGCACUAAGACGUGCCAAAUGGAUUAGAAAGUGAUACUGAAAUUCACCGUUUGUUUGUUUUUUCAUGGACCUGCCUACGUCAUUUUCUUUUUAAGAAGUUUUCUUUAUUUAUUUUUCCUGCAACGCUUGACUUUUUGAAAAGUUAGUGAACAUGUAAAAUCCAAGGCCAAUUGUGAAAUUAUUCUACAAAAGAAGACGGUGGAAUUGAACAACUUCAUAUAGAAUAGUUUUACGAAUAAUUCUGCUUGUGGAGUUAAUGACAUGCGUCCGAGAUUCCAAAGUCGCUUAAUCCCACAUGUUGAUGACGUCACAGAAGUAUCGGUGAGCCACUCUGUCUCCAGAUGCUAUCCUAGAUGUAAAAUUAGCCAGGCCGACUAUGUGCAAUAUGAUCAUUGUCAAUAUUCAUAAGGUGUGAACAGCUGUUGUUUCACGAUGUAACUGUAUAUAUAAUUACAUUUAUAGGAGAGUUUUAUAAAUAAAGUCAUACGACAUUACAGAAAA